AUGGCCUCGCAAGAUGGCCUCAAUGGCUCCGGCCCGGCUUCGCUGACUGACCUCCUCCACCGCUCGCGCAAAUUGGCUGCCUCGAGCGCUCGUCCGUCCUCUUCACGAGCUGCAAAUGGCUCUGGCUCAAGCUCGCUCCUUACUCGCAAUCUCCCACCUGCAAGCGGCCCUUCGAGCUCACAGAGCAUGCCCUCUCUUGCCCAGUCAGGCAGUACAGCUCAGCUACCGCGCAUAGAGCUCGGACUUGACCAGAUUGAGGCCUACUCCCGUCGACUUGCACUCAAGGCGGUUCAAAAUCAACCUACUUCUGCUCAGCCCGUGCCAGGCGGCGAUGCCGACAGAGCAGGAGCCUACUUCCUCGCGACCGGCGCUCAGAUCGACACUGACAAUCUCGAGAAUAUGCUUUCCAGCUUGCCGAGACAGUUGGGCAGGCAAGCUCAACCCGUCAACGAUACUGUCAGCAGCACUCCUGCGGGCGACCUGCCGCUUUUGCUACAACACAUGCACGAACAGUCCAUCGUGGGCAUCAUCGAAUUAACCAGAGCUCAGACCCUCAGGGACUCUCAGAAAGUCAUCGAUCAGGGAUUGAAACGCUCAUGGGAUAAGAUGCGCGCGACGCUCUGGGACGAGCUCGGAGCGCACCAGGCCGCGACGACUGCCAAUGCACAAGAUCAACAAAGUCGCACGCUCACGUUCGAGUCUGGCGACGAUUCUUUCUCCGCGUCUACUUCCCGUCUAGGAAGCACUCGACGGACGAAUUUGCUAGGCCAAGACGAGAGCACUUUCGGCAAUUCCGUCCUCGUCGAUCCCUCGACUGCUUCGCUAGUCCCCGCUUCAUUGUCCGGUGCCACACCCGCCAAGUCGGGUCAAUUGCAGAUGCACAGUCGCAUGAUGAAGUACGAUCAAGCCGUUCGAAAACUUAACGAGGCCAGAAAGGCGGAAGAACCCAUUGGCAUCAUCCGGCUCUUUGCAGAUGCUGCACUUGCUUCUUCUACCGGUCCCUCAACUGAUCAGAAAUCUGCGCAGCUCAACGAGACUUACUCACUAAUGGCCAAGCUUCUUCACGAAACGGCAGUAUCGACAGAUGGACAGGCCCAAUUCACUCGUGUUCAGCUUCCCCAAGGCGCCUACCUGAAAGGCUACUGGGAUCCUGAUCGUGACACCGUCGAAAGCAGAGCGUAUCGUCAUCAGAUCAUCGUAGGCGGCACAGACUUUCUACAGGACCAGUUCAUGCGCUACGUGGAGAGAAUGCUUGCUGCAAAGCCGACAGAAGCCAACUUAGGCGGCGUGCCAUCACUGCAGAACAAGAUCAGGGCUUUCGUCAGCCUCAGGUACAGCAAAAUGGGCCAAUGGACCGUUCCUGAUCUGCAGCUCGCCAAUAACACGCCAGUGUGGGCAAGGAUAUUCUUUCUCUUGCGAGCGGGCCAUCCCCAAGAAGCACUCUCCUUCGCACUAGAAAACGAGCAAAGCAUACAGAAGCUCGAAAGGUCCUUUAUACCUUACUUCAAAGCAUGGCUAGACUCUCCAGACCGUCGACUGCCUCGUCAUCUGCGCGACCGCUUCCUGACAGAGUACCAGCAAAAGAUUCGCUUCUCGUCAGAAUCGCAAGACCCGUUCAAAUACGCUCUCUACAAACUCAUGGGCCGUUCUGAACUAUCGAGGAGGAGCGUGCCUGGCGUGACCGACACUGCCGAAGACUGGAUGUGGUUCCAGCUACAGAUGAUCAGAGAAAGCGAGCAAGCAGAGCAAGAGAGCUACACCCUGCAAGAUCUAGGAGCGCUUCUCGUCAAGUAUGGCGAGGCUCACUUUGACCCAAAAGGCAGUCGUCCGCUUCUCUACUUUCAGCUGCUCUUGCUAUCCGGCAACUAUGAAAGGGCCGUUGCGUUCCUCUACGGUCGCUCGCAAUAUCAAGUCGAUGCAGUUCACUUUGCGAUCAUCCUGGCUUACUAUGGUCUCCUGCGCCUGCCUCGCAAGGAUCAAGUCUCCGAUGUCGAUCUCUUGACGGUCGAGCAAGUCAGCAAAACGCAGCAGAACGCGACGCUCAAUUUCUCGCGACUGAUCUACCGAUACUACCGACUCUUUGCGCGGUCGGAUCCCACGGAAGCUCUGCAAUACAUCUAUCUCAUCUGCCUGAACAUCAAAUGUCCCUCGCCGAUCGAUCGAGAACAGAAGGCGAUCUGCUAUGACUAUCUUCGCGAGCUGGUCAUGGACAGCAAAGCGUACAGCCAAUUGCUCGGCGAUAUCCGCACUGAUGGCUCCAAAGUGCCCGGUCAAAUAGAGAAAGACUUGAAACUGAUUGGCUUGAGUAGCAAUUCUGACUAUCUGGCCAAUAUCGUCAGAGCGGCAGCGGCGCAAGCAGAUCGAGAAAGGCGCUUUGGGGAUUCCAUUCUACUCUUCAACCUCGCAGAAGAGUACGACGCUGUUCUGCGAGUGCUCAAUGCCGAACUAGGCGCCUCGCUGUCUCGGCCCAGUUCGAGCGCAGCCUCAACCGCAGGCAAAGCGCCAAACGCCAGUACGCAAUUCGCAGUGCAGGAGGAUCCAGUCGGCACGGCGAAGAGCAUCAUCGGCCACUUCGAAAAAUCGAUUGUCAUCUCUAGCAAGAUUUCCAGAAGACUGAAAGAAGCCAGUAUCACUCUGGUCAACUUGAAAGAAGCGAUCACUCUUUACGAGCAAGAUCAGCUUGAGCGUGCUCUCAGUAUCUUCGAGGAGCUCAAUAUUGUUCCGCUCGAAGGCGAUAUGAACACUCUGAUUCGAAGGGCAGAAGAAUUCAAGCAGCUCGACGAUGCGAUCACGCGCAACUUCGAUGUCGUCAUUCUGACGGUGAUGAAUACCCUGUACAAGCUCAACGCUCGAUUGAAAGAAUCGCCCUACGGAGACGAAGGCCGGCAGAGUAAGAUCGCUCAGAUGAAGCGGUAUGCGAGAGCGGUGAUGACUUUCUCUGGCAUGUUGCGAUUUGCACUGCGAUCGGAGACGUACACCCAGCUCACUCGACUGGACGUCUUCCUGCACUGA